AUGAUAAAAUACUUUACCUUCCUUUUAUUUCUGUUUGCUGGCCAAUGCUUGGGUCAACUGGGCACUCAAAUCAAUUAUCCUGUCUCGAAUGAUACAGUUCAGCCUGGUCAAAAAGUAGAUAUUGCUUAUGGCUAUCAAAACAUGGGUAAUGGGACUUAUAAAGUGGAUGUGGAUCUAUGGCAAGAUAGCGCUUUGUCCAUCUUGGCUCAAAACAUUGCUCAAAACGUAUCUGUCACAGGAGGCAAUUCAACAGGGACUCAACUUGCUUUCUAUUUGAACUCGACUUAUGGAUGGACUGUGCCUCAUGGACUGAACAGCACUGUCUAUUUAACCGUAACCACAAAAGCAGAUUUAGCUUAUUCAAGUGUGGAUAUUAGUAUGCGGUCCAGAGGAAUUGUACUUCAUGUGAACAGUGGUUAUCAACAUAUGCCCCAACAAUUCAGUCUUUUUGCUUUUGUUAUGAUUGUUCUUUGUUUCUUAUUGUAA